AUGGUUGGGAAACGUGGUGGGUCUGGUCCGCUCGUGGGGAAACCGAAGGCGAAGCGGAAGGCUGCCAGCAGUGAUGAAGAGAUCUCCUCCGAGUCCGAACCUUCCGAUGUUAGCGAACGCUCGGUUCAUUUGUCUGAGGAUGAGUUCGAAGACGAAACUCCAAAUGAAAGACAUAUUAGAUUAACAAAGAAGGCGCUUGCGGCUGCCUUGAAAGCAGCUGGUUCUGAUGAAGAGGAUGCGACAGCUACGUUGUCCCUCCGAUUGCAAGAGGAAGCUCUUCAGGCUCGAGGAAAACUCCUUUUUCGAGUAGCUGAUAAGUUCGCACCCGUUUCUUCCGAUAGUAUCAUUUGCCUGCGUGCCCACAAAAAAUCCAUCAAUUGCAUUUGUAUAUCAUCGGACUGUGAAUAUAUAUAUUCUGGUGGAAAGGAUGCGGCAUUAUGGAGCUUGAAGGAUUUUAGAAAAGUCAAAUUCGUUUCGGGUUCUCGACGUGGGUCUCUUUCACGAUUUCACUCUGGUCCAAUUUUGUCCAUUGCUAUCUCGGACGAUUCUAAGUACCUUGUAAUUCUAGUCUUUUUCCUACUCGAAUUCUGUAAAAUUCUUUUGGUGCUAUGUUUCUUCGAUCAGGCUUCUGGAAGUGCUGACAAGCGCAUCAUCAUUUGGGCUCCCGACAAUCUCGAAAUCAUGUUUUGUCUUCAGCGUCAUUUUUCACCUGUCACUGCGUUGAGUUUCCGCCGUCAGUCGCACAUGAUGUUUUCAGGAGAUCGCUCCGGUCGUGUCUGUGUAUGGAAUAUGCCAUUGACUGAGGCCCUGCAAGACCAAGGGGCUGCAACGAAGAUCGAGGUGCUGUCACUUUGUGGACUUUCCGCGGAAAGAUGCUUGUCCUCCUCUGGAGUUGGAGGAGCAGGUAUUUGUCUAUGGAAGGUUGAAGAAGAAGUUUGCGCCCAGUAUUCCGUUAGGGACCCUUCUGAGCUCUCCGUGGAGUGUGUGUAUGCGGUGAAUGACGACCUCUUCGUUGGUGGAUCAACGUCAAAACAAUCUACUAAUCAGAAGGAAAUUCACUUUGUUUCCAGUACUCUAUAUCUGUGGCAUAUCAGUCGAGGAAGUCCUAUAUCAAAAAUACGUCCCGCACAUCCACUCACGACCAAAGACAUAAAUCUGGUCACAUCGCGACCCGCCGUUAAUUGGGUAACAGCGGUAUCAGGCCUGUACGGAACUGAUUUGAUUGCCUCUGGCUCCUCAUCCGGUCACGUUCAGUUAUGGCGCCUUGUAAUAGAAGGAAAGGCCUUUUCAUUUGGCGGAGGCGGAAAUGAAAUUGGCAACGGAAAUGGGGAACCCAAGUCACGGGGCCGGUUCAGAGUUCACCAUGACAAGGCAGAAAUUGUGAAAGUUCCGGAGGGCGAGUUUCAUCUGGCUGGAUACGUGAAUGGCUUGGCGUUCUCAAAUGACGGAAAAUGGUUAGCUGUUGGAAUCGGUCAGGAGCACCGACUUGGGCGCUGGGAAGAAAGACGGAAAGUGAACGACACCGUCUGCCUCCUCCCUAUUAGAAUUCCUUUCAGGUAA